GCACCUGAUCCCUCGAGCCUGACUAGGCCGCGCCAGCCGCCGGGCGGCGACGGAUCGGACCAAGAGGAUGUCGCCUCGCCGUACAGCGGCCCGACAUCUGCAUCGAAGGCCCUGGCAGCGAGCCUGGCCGCCCCGAAAGGUUCCCGCUCGGCGGAAGGCAUGGCGAGCGUAUCCCUGCGCGACGGCUUUCUGAGCGUCUCUGGCCUUGAUGCCGGCGGGUCCCUGGACCUUCAGGGGCUCCUCCUCGAGGGCCUCCGGGAGAGCCUGGCGAACUUAACGCCGGCACAGCUCAUGGCGGCUGGUGCCCAAGCUUCGAUGGAGCAGGCCACAGAGACCGCCGAGUCUUCGGCACCUCGGCGAGUGCCGCGGAAACGGCCUUGA